AUGACCUCCUCCGGGCAGCAGAAAAAGUUUCCUGCAUUCUGCCCGGAGAUACCAGAUGAGCUUGAGAUGACCAGGGUCGUCCCAGCACAGUGUGCAGAGGCGGUUUUGAAAAUGAAAAGGUUUUGGGAGGAGCAAGGGGAGUGGCCGGAGUCAUUACAGGUGGAAAUACCGGAUCCGGGCAGCCCGAAGGAAUGGUCCGGGCAGAUUUUCCGGCUGCGGAACGUGUUUGUGAACUGGAGGGGUCAGGUGUUCAACCAGACGCAUCUGUUUGACGCCGGGAGAUGCGGCGACCGAUUGGCUGAUUUCGACUACCCCUCAGGCACCCGCUUCGCCGCCUUCCCUGCCCUCCUCAACCUGCUCUCUGCCGCCCGCUCACCGGCCGAUGUGGUCUUCUCGGAAAUGACGGAGAAGCUUCCUCUCUUCCUGUCGCUGGCGCCUGUGAUGCCGUUGCUGAGGCACACACCGUUGGUGCGGGGCAUCUGGCAGGCCGUGGUGGGGUUGAGGCCCUCAGCGAGUGCCGUGCAUGCCAUGGCGCACUCGUCGCUGCUCUUUGCUCGCACGCUCUACAUUGUAUCGAGUGCCGUCCAUGCCAUGGCGCAUUCCUCACCGCUCUUCGCUCGCACGCUCCACAUGCCACCCCUCCCCAUUCUUGCGCCCCACCCCUUCCCCCUGUUUCUCCUCCAGCCGCUGUUCCCCCCCUGCGGCCACCCCAGCCCUCUCUCCUGCAUGCCUUCCGUCUCUUCCCCCCCUCCGGCCUGCCCCUCUUCUCUCAAGACGGCUCCCACUGCCUUUCCUCUCCCCCCUUCCCCUCCCCACUUCCCCUCCCCUCCCCCUCUCCCCCUCCCCCAGCCGCUGUUCCCCCCAUGCGGCCACCCCAGCCCGUCACUCCUGCACGCCUUCCGCGCGCGCCACCUCUUUCCCCCCUCCGGCCUGCCGCUCUUCUCCCAAGACGGCUCCUACCGCGCCCCUGCACCUGGGAGUCUGGCCGAGCAAGGAGCAGAGGAAGAAGCAGGGGAGCUGCCUGAGGGACCCAUGGGUUCUAUGGGGCCUAUGGGACAUACGGAUGGGCGUUUGAAGCAUGACUGGGUCGUGGUGGUGGCGGCUCCCCCCUCCCGUCUUCCGACAGUGCAAGCCGUUGCGCUGGCUGCAGCGCUCCGUGCGGUGAAGUGGAUACUGAAGCAGCUCUAUACCGAGGAUAGAGUCGCCGUGUACAGACGAAACAUGCCGCUCCAAGAAGCCAGGGCGCUCUUUCAACGAGCUCUGCUAUUCGUUGCCUGUGAUAAUGCACUCGUGAACACCCUCUUCAUGCCCUCCCAUUCUUCCGUCAUCGAAAUCCGCACCAGCACCAGCUCCAGCGGUGCAGAUUCAGUGUAUCCGGACGGGGGAAGGCAGCUGUACAGAAACCUAGCUCUGGCGGCAGCUGUGAGGCACUAUCUGCUGGAAUGCCCAGAGGAGCCAGUGGUGGAGGCAACAGAUGCAGGGGCAGAGAGCGGUGGAGACCGGUGGGGAGAGGUUGGGAGCGGUGGAGGUGGCAGCGAUGGUGAUGCCAGUGCUGGUGCUGGUGGUGCUUCAGGGGUUGCUUGGGAGGAUACGGAGGAGGAGGAUGGGGAGAAAGGUGGUGGGUCGUCAGUGUACUUGCCUCGAGGGUCCCUGGCUUGCGGUGUUGAGCGGUUGAGAACGGUCCUGGAAAGUGUUCUGCACAAUGUGUUUGCUUCGGAGAGCUUUGACCCGAACCUACUUGACAGGUCCGGGGAGGGGUUCCGGACGAAGAUUCCAGGCAGCAAGGUCAGCCGGGCAGAUUUGAAAGAAAGGUUUCUGAAAUGGCAGGAGUGUGUGGCAGCAGAGGGCAGCUGGAAAUUCGACCCGAGGCCGAGGAGAUUACCCUGGGAAUUCAAGGGUUACUCGAAUUACUGCGACAAAAGGCACAUGGCUGCAUCCCCUACUGCAGUCGUAGUCUCCAAAGCUGAUCAAAUCGCAGAUUCCAUUAUGAAGCUUCCUCCGGAAGAGAGGAAGGUGCGGCAAGAGGAGUGGGAUGUGAGGCCACAGCUGAAAUACGUGUGGGACACAGAGGGUAAGUGUGGGGCAUGGGAACCUUUUGAUGGAAGAGUGGUGUGCGAUUGGGUGAGAGGGAGAAGGUGGAAUGGCACUGGGAUGCCGUUGACAGAAGAGGAGGAGGAGGAGAGGGAAGAGGCGGCUUUUAAAGGGGAGGCUGUGAGGGAGAAGGGCGACGGGAGCGGCGCGCUCGUACUCCUUAUAGGCGACUCGUACAGGAGCAGUUUGUGCGCGUGCUGCGAGCUGAUCGAACCGGACCAUGCGAGGCACUCUUUUUGUCGAGACUACAAGCUUCACGGCAACGUGUGCGCCAAUCUCACCAUCCGAUUCAUUCGCCACGACUACCUCCAGCUCUCCAACUCGCAGAUCAAAUUCGACCGCGUCCCCUUCACCCGCCUUUCUUUACUCACCGGCGCCCGCGUGAUUAUACUGAAUCGCGGUGCGCACUACCGCCCGGACCGGCACUUCAUCUCAGCCGUCCGUUCGACUUUACGAUUUCUCCGAAACAAGCUACCCGACGCGAUCUUGAUCUACCGAACUACCGUGCAAGGCCAUGCCAACUGCUCGGAGCACGACAAGCCGUUGCUCGUGCCGGGUCCCACAGACAACCUGCCGUUCUUCUGGGGGAGGUUUCACGAGCAGAAUGAGCUGGCGCGGGCGGCGGUGGAGGAGGUGGGCGGCAUGUAUUUGGAUGUAGCGGCGAUGACAGUGCUUCGACCGGACUCGCAUCAGGGGUUCAUUCCGGAGUUGAAUCACGAGGACUGCUUGCAUUACUGCAUUCCAGGGCCGCAGGACGUGUGGGCGCAGCUGCUGCAGAACGUGCUGCUUCAGCUUCUGCCAGAGCCGGCACCUGCUGCGGCGUUGGGAGGCUGUGGUGAGGGGCUGGGAGGCUGUGGUGAGGAGUUGGGAGGCUGUGGUGAGGAGUUGGGAGGCUGUGGUGAGGAGUUGGGAGGCUGUGGUGAGGAGUUGGGAGGCUGUGGUGAGGAGUUGGGAGGCUGUGGUGAGGAGUUGGGAGGCUGUGGUGAGGAGUUGGGAGGCUGUGGUGAGGAGUUGGGAGGCUGUGGUGAGGAGUUGGGAGGCUGUGGUGAGGAGUUGGGAGGCUGUGUUGAGGAUUUGGGAGGCUGUGGUGAGGAGUUGGGAGGCUGUGGUGAGGGGUUGGGAGGCUGUGGUGAGGAGUUGGGAGAUUUUGAUGUGCGAUUGGCAUGCUGUGAUGUGGAGUUGGCAGGUUGUGGUGGGGAGUUGGAAGGUUGUUGUGGGGAGUUGGCAGGUUGUGGUGGGGGAUUGGCAGGUUGUGGUGGGGAGUUGGCAGGUUGUGGUGGGGGAUUGGCAGGUUGUGGUGGGGAGUUGGCAGGUUGUGGUGGGGGAUUGGCAGGUUGUGAUAGUGGGUUGGAAGGCUGUGGUUGGAAGGUGGAAGGUUGUGGUGGGAAGGUGGGGGCCCUUGGGUUGACUCAAGGGCCACCGUGGUGUUCCUCCUAG